AUGACAGUAAGUCCUACGUAUAAGAACACGUUCCAUUCGGGGCUUGAACCCAUGACGGGCAUGAAGUUAAAUCGUACGAAGACUGAAGACUGUACCUCCAGACUGGCAUACAUUUUCCUAAAUCGUGCUACGAUCUCCAGUGAUACGAUACGUGUUGAUCCAAAAUUUAGUGCACCGAUUGCAAACGUAACCGUACCGGUGGGACGCGAAGGAGUGAUGACGUGCACGGUGCAUGAUUUGUACAAAUAUAAGGUUGCUUGGUUGCGGGUUGAUACACAGACUAUAUUGACGAUUGAAACGCUGGUAAUAACGAAGAGCGAGCGAAUAGCGAUCACACACACCGAACAGCGAAUCUGGCAACUGCGGAUCAAAGACAUUCGGGAGUCGGACAAGGGCUGGUACAUGUGCCAGAUCAAUACGGAUCCCAUGAAAAGCCAAAUGGGUUACCUUGACGUUGUAGUCCCGCCCGACAUUCUCGACUAUCCCACCAGCCAGGAUAUGGUGGUGCUGGAGGGUACCAACGUAACGCUCACCUGUGCCGCAACGGGCGUCCCCGAGCCAACCGUCAACUGGAAGCGGGAGGGCGACAAGUCGAUCACAUCCGUGGAGGAUUCCGGAAUAACGAGCCACGACGGAGCGAUGCUGCACAUCUACCACAUCCAGCGGCAUAACGCCGGCUCCUAUCACUGCAUCGCAUCAAACGGUGUGCCCCCGACGGUCAGCAAACGAAUUAUCGUAACAGUCAACUUCCAACCGAUUGUGCGGCUGCCGACGCGCCAGUACUACGCCGAGCUGGGCGGCCGGGUUACCCUCGAGUGCCACAGCGAGGCCCAGCCGAACUCCAUCAACUACUGGAUGAAGGGCAAGGGCGAAAUCAUACUGCAGGGCGGCACGUACGACUCCACGCUCGAGGAUCACGUCUUCAAGGUGACGAUGCGCAUCACCAUCCGGCUGGAGAAGGCGUCCGACUACGGUGUGUACAAAUGUGUGGCCAAAAAUUCCCUCGGCACUACGGAAGAGUCGGUGCGAGUGUACCGUAAAACAUCCAAAACGAAACAGGUGGAAAACCAGGUCAUUCAACAGUCGAACUAUCUGGGGUCAACGACGUUUCUCAAGAACUACACCGAUAACAAAAUUAACGAAAUUCUACUGACCGCUUCGGCUGCUUCUUCUUCCUGUGGAGCACACGGUCCCUUCGGUUGGUUGGUGGUGGGCAUCGCUUUAGUCACCGUUAAGACGUUAUGAUAAGGAUCGCAGCCAUCUCCUACCCCUCUUUCCCCCUCCACCUCUCCUCCCCUUUUCUCUCAACGCCAGGGAACCUAACAAAUGUUAUACGAAGUACGAAUUACAUGUGCAUAUAGCGAUGUUACUAUGUUAGCAGCAAGUGUAUAACUCCUGCCACCUAAGCAAAUGUAAAUUAAUCUCCCGUUGUACGAGCAGCAAUAAAUGGCAGAAAAAUCUAUCGCCA